UUUUCUCCCCCAAACCCGCAGCUUCACUGAAAUCCCUAAACGGCUAAACCCGCACCUCCAUCUUCAUACUUCUCUCCACAGCUUCCCUUCACCAUCUUCCUCCGCCCAUCUCUGGUUCUUCACCGCAAUCUAUAUCGGUGAACACAAUGCUGUGGAUGAGAUGUUCACGCCAUACUCUAAAGCCUCAAAUAUUAGGGUUUAAUUAUUGUUGGUAUUCUUCUACUUCAUCUGCUGCAGCUAUUGAAGCUCAAAGAACGAUUAAUGAUGGCCCUCGUCAUGAUUGGACUCGCCCUCAAAUCAAAUCCAUUUAUGAUUCUCCUAUUCUUGACCUUCUCUUUCAUGGGGCUCAAGUUCAUAGACAUGCUCACAAUUUUAGAGAAGUUCAACAAUGCACUCUUCUUUCAAUUAAGACCGGAGGUUGUAGUGAGGAUUGUUCAUAUUGCCCACAGUCUUCCCGCUAUGAUACUGGAGUGAAGGGUCAAAAGAUGAUGAAUAGGGAUACAGUCAUCGAGGCAGCAAAGAAGGCUAAAGAGGCUGGAAGUACACGAUUUUGCAUGGGUGCUGCAUGGAGGGACACUGUAGGCCGGAAGACCAACUUCAACCAAAUUCUUGACUAUGUGAAAGAAAUAAGGGAAAUGGGCAUGGAGGUCUGCUGCACCUUGGGCAUGCUGGAGAAGCAGCAAGCAGAGGACUUGAAGAAGGCAGGCCUUACAGCAUACAAUCAUAAUCUUGACACCUCAAGAGAGUAUUACCCCAAUAUUAUUACUACUCGUUCUUAUGAUGAGCGAUUAAAAACCCUCGACUUUGUGCGUGAAGCAGGGAUAAAUGUUUGCUGUGGAGGAAUAAUUGGACUUGGAGAAACCGCUGAUGAUCGAGUAGGAUUGUUAUAUACAUUGGCUACUUUACCUGCGCACCCUGAGAGUGUUCCAAUCAAUGCGCUUGUUGCUGUAAAAGGCACUCCUCUUGAAGAUCAGAAGCCUGUUGAAAUCUGGGAGAUGAUUCGGAUGAUAGCAACAGCACGGAUUUUAAUGCCGACUGCAAUGGUGAGGUUAUCAGCUGGGAGGAUUAAAUUCUCGAUGCCCGAGCAAGCGUUGUGUUUUCUUGCUGGUGCAAAUUCUAUCUUCACUGGCGAGAAGCUGUUGACAACAGCUAAUAAUGACUUUGAUGCUGAUCAACUCAUGUUCAAGGUUCUUGGUUUAAUUCCAAAACCUCCCACUCUAGAUGAUGCAGAAGCAGAUGCAGAUGCAGAUGCAGGCGAGGCAGUUGCAUCUAGCUCAGCCUAAAAUAACCGUUAAUGUGUUUAGUGUGUAGGAUUCUUGAUUGGGUGGUGUGUUUUUAUUGAUUAUGCCUAUUGUUUCUCUCGUUUGUUUUGCUUUAGAUUAUUAGUUUUUAAUAGGAAUAAUUUUUAAAUUUAUUUUAAGUGGUGCCAAACAUAACAGAAAACAAAAAACAUAAACAAAGUGUACACCCAACUCCUACAAUGUGGAAGCUGGAAAACUCGCUACUCUUAUUGUAUAUCAAAUGCGGUGUUCACGAACAUUAAAAAAAAAGAAAAAAAAAAACAUAAAUGAUCUAGAAAGAGCUUUAAUAGUUCCUAUUGUGAAGAGGUUGAGUAUUCUUCAUCUCACCUCCUUGGGCUUUCUUUUUUCCAACUAGUCUCUUGAGAGAUCGUUUCUCUAAGAGACGUAUUUUAAGUCCAAUCUAUUAAAAAUUAAUGUUUACUGCCUAUUUACAUUAUUUUUAAUGCUUACU